AUGACUGCACUGCUCCAGAUGGGCAUUUUCGGCGAUUCAAGCUCGCCAUUCGAUGAAUACAUCGACAAAGUCACUGCCGAACAUCUAACCACUGAAAAUUGGGCUAUGAUUUUGGACGUUUGCGACAAAGUGAACAGUGAUCCUCGUGCUCCAAAGAGUGCAUUACUCUCCAUUCGUAAACGACUAAAUCAUCGCGAUCCUCAUGUGGUGCUACUAGCUCUAUCAGUAUUGGACUCGUGCUGGAGUAACUGUGGACCAGCAUUUCGUAAAGAAGUUUCUUCGGCUAGUUUUAUCAACGAAUUGCAGGCGAAAGCCACGCAUAGUACUCGCCUUGUUGCUGAAAAGACAAGAACGAUGAUCCAGAAAUGGGUGGAAAAUGAAUGUAAAUCCGAUGCAUCUCUUUCACUUGUUGCUACACUUUAUAAGAAUUUGGUUGCGGAUGGCUACUCGUUCUCAUCAAAUGAACCAAAGAAAUCAAGCCUAAGUCGAGACAUCCAAGCGGAAGAAGAAGACGCUUUAGCAAAAGCGAUUGCUCUUUCAUUACAAGAAGCCGACAAGGCUCCAAAGACUACCAAGCUCUAUCAUUCCUUGACUACUUCCUACCCUUCUACGAAUGGCACAAGUAACAAGACUAGUGAGCGUACUGUUCGUGCAUUGUACGACUUUGAAGCUGCCGAGGACAACGAGCUUUCAUUCGUUAGUGGGGAUCUUAUUACAGUGACGGACGAUAGUAAUCCAAACUGGUGGUGUGGAAGGAUCGGUGUCCAGCAGGGACUUUUCCCGUCCAGUUUUGUCACGUCGGAUCUUUCGGAACCCGAACCCACCUCUGUAACGUCAGCAGCCCCAGCGGCCCCCGCGACCAUUGACGAGUCAGUGUUGCUGCGUUGUAUUCAAAUGCUUGAAGAUUGUGAUCCUACCGGCGACACUCCUGAUCCACCAGAGCUGGCUACC